AUGAGCAGAAUUUGGGGAAUUUUGGUGAUUUUCUGCUUCAUUGGCGUGAAUUUCGUGAAAGCUGUCAGUUUCGACAUAGGUGAGUAACUAGACUCUAGUUUUGUUAAGGCCUAAAUUCUCUCCAAAAAUUGAAAUUUCAGGACAAUCCUCGCAUCAUCUUCCUAAUUUUUUUCGAAAUAUAAUGAACUCAACACUCUCAGAUAUUGCUCGAAUUGUUGAACAUGAAGAUGGAACAAUUUAUGCAGAUGAACUUUGUCGGAGAAUUCAAUUGGAAUUCGCGGAAAAAUAUGAGAAAAAUUGA